AUGAUCAACGCAGUACUCGUCUUCAAUAACAAUGGCCAGCCUCGGCUGACCAAGUUCUAUACAACGCUGGACACCCAAACCCAGCAAUCGCUCAUCGCGCAAAUAUACCACCUGGUGGCUCAGCGCCCAUCUAGCGCCUGCAACUUCCUGCCCCUCCCACCCCUCCUCUCCCAGGGCGCCGCCAGCUCGACCGGGCCCUCCGAUGCGCCGACGCAAAUCACCUACCGCACCUACGCUACGCUCUCCUUCAUCAUGAUCUCCACAUCGACAGAGUCCCCGCUCGCACUGAUUGAUCUGAUUCAAGUUUUUGUGGAGGCACUGGACCGCAUGUUCGAGAACGUUUGCGAGCUGGACCUGAUCUUCGGGUAUGAGACGAUGCACGCGGUGCUGAGCGAGAUGAUUGUUGGUGGCGUGGUCGUUGAGACGAACAUUGAAAGGAUUAUCGCUGGCGUGCGCAGCCAGGAAGGUACGUCUGGGAAGAGGAAGGCCGUUCAGGCCGCCAGUGCAAGUUUGGGACGUGGAGCGAUGCCAGGGUUGGGGGCCUGGCGGUGA